UUAACACAUUUUAAAGCCAGAUUUUUUGGCAUCUGAUAAGAAUGUAUAAGAAGAAACUGCAUUUUAUUAGAAGGGCGUGUUAAUAUUUUUUUCCAGCAAGUGAAGAUUGUGGUUCAUAUGCAGAAAAAAAGUCACACUAUUAAAUGGGUCUUUGUGUUUAAUUAAAAGAAUUACAUUAAAUUACUGAGAAAGGGGCUUCCUAGGUAGCACAGUGGUUAAGAAUCUGCCUGCCAAUGCAGACGACACAGGUUCAAUCCCUGUUCCAGGAAGAUCCCACGUGCUGUGGGGCAACUAAGCCCAUGCACCACAACUACUGAGCCACACCCAGCUACUGAAGCCCAGGCGCCUAGAGCCCGUGCUCCACAACAAGAGAAGCCACCGCAGUGAGGAGCCCGCACGCGGCAACUAGAGAAAGCCCGUGUGCAGCAACGUAGACCCAACACAGCCAAUAUAUAAAUAAAGUUAUAAAAAUAAAAAAUUAGAAAGUGGUUAUGGUAUUACAAUUCAUAGUUUCAUUGAAUCCUGGAAGGGUGGGGCAGUUUCAGGAGGAACAUCUACUCCUGUCCCUUGAUAAAUCUGAGCCCGUGAAAUCUUAAGUGGUUUGCACAGGAAAGCAAAGCUGGCACUAUAACUCGCCUUUUAAUUGCUACAUCAGUGCUUUUUCCUCAGUGCCACUUUGCUUAGAUGAAUUAUUUAACCCUUAAAGCCAGUUUUGCUUUGAAUUGUUAUAAGAUGAUAGUAUGAUAAAUCGAUACGCUUCUUAUUUUUAAACUUUUGGGACAAUUAAAUUCUAAGAUGGGCUCAUAGAGUCUGUGAUAAAUAUUACACUACUUCCCUAGAAAUUAUUGUAAUUGAUUAUUGCAUAUUUGGAGAAUCACAAAACCAUGCUAGCUAUCUGCUUAAGCCUCCUGAGCUGAAGUUUUCAUGACCCUAACUUCAUUCUGGAUAAGGACAGAUUUUUUUUUUUCAGUGAGACAAAACAUUACAAUGAUGCAAAGCCAGCUUGGACUCUUAACUUUUAAUCUUUCUGGUUUGUUUGUUUUGGCUGCACCGCUCGGCUUGUGGAAUCUUAGUUCCCCUGCCAGGGAUGGAACGUGUGCGCUCUGAAAUGGAAGCUUGGAGACCUAACCACUGGACAACCAGGGAAUUCCCUCUUAACUUUUAGUCUUAAUAGGCUAAAGCUUCUGUUUCAGGUAAUAGAGAUAAUUAAAGGUUUGAACAGAAAAGAAACUCCAAAUUUUCUGUGGUGGGCUUCAGGUAAUAAUUCAGAGGGAGAAUAAUUGAAAUAGAACUAUUAGGGAAUUCCCUGGUGGUCCAGUGGUUAAGACUCCACGCUUCCACUUCUGGGGGCACGGGUUUGCUCCCUAGCCGGGAUCCCGAAAGCUGAGCAGCGUUGCCAAAAAAAAAAAAAAUUAAAAAAUGUUGAUUAAACAUAACAUUUCAAAGAUAUAAAAUAAGAUCUUUUGUGCUGAGCUAUAUAGUAUGCAUAAAAAAAGACCUCUGUGGAUUCAGUUCCUGUAGAGAUGUUGGAUGAAAAUAACCAUCUUAUUCAGUGUAUCAUGGACUAUCAGAAUAAAGGAAAGACUUCAGAGUGUUCUCAGUAUCAACAGAUGUUACAUACAAACUUGGUCUACCUUGCUACAAUAGCAGAUUCAAAUCAAAACAUGCAGUCUCUUUUACCAGCUCCACCCACACAGAAUAUGCCUAUGGGUCCUGGAGGGAUGAAUCAGAGCGGCCCUCCCCCACCUCCACGCUCUCACAACAUGCCUUCAGAUGGAAUGGUAGGUGGGGGUCCUCCUGCACCACACAUGCAGAACCAGAUGAACGGCCAGAUGCCUGGGCCUAACCAUAUGCCUAUGCAGGGACCUGGACCCAAUCAACUCAAUAUGACAAACAGUUCCAUGAACAUGCCUUCAAGUAGCCACGGGUCCAUGGGUGGUUACAGCCAUUCGGUGCCAUCGUCACAGAGCAUGCCGGUACAGAACCAGAUGACCAUGAGUCAAGGGCAGCCGAUGGGAAACUAUGGCCCCAGACCAAAUAUGAAUAUGCAGCCAAACCAAGGCCCAAUGAUGCACCAGCAGCCCCCUUCUCAACAAUACAAUCUGCCGCAGGGAGGCGGGCAGCACUACCAAGGCCAGCAGCCGCCUAUGGGAAUGAUGGGUCAGGUUAACCAAGGCAACCAUAUGAUGAGUCAGAGACAGAUUCCUCCCUAUAGACCACCGCAACAGGGCCCACCACAGCAGUACUCAGGCCAGGAAGACUAUUAUGGGGACCAAUACAGUCAUGGUGGACAAGGUCCUCCAGAAGGCAUGAACCAGCAAUAUUACCCUGAUGGUCAUAAUGAUUACGGUUAUCAGCAACCGUCGUAUCCUGAACAAGGCUACGAUAGGCCUUAUGAGGAUUCCUCACAACAUUACUACGAAGGAGGAAAUUCACAGUAUGGCCAACAGCAAGAUGCUUACCAAGGACCACCUCCCCAGCAGGGAUACCCACCCCAGCAGCAGCAGUACCCAGGGCAGCAGGGCUAUCCAGGACAGCAGCAGGGCUACGGUCCUUCACAGGGUGGUCCAGGUCCUCAGUAUCCUAACUACCCACAGGGACAAGGUCAGCAGUAUGGGGGUUAUAGACCAACACAGCCUGGACCACCACAGCCACCACAGCAGAGGCCUUACGGAUAUGACCAGGGACAGUAUGGAAAUUACCAGCAGUGAAGAGUACUUACAUUCCAAUAGCCAGUAAUCUAUUAGCAGCCAUAUUGUCGCCUCAGCACUGUGGACACCUCCUUGUGAAGAGACCCUUCCAUUCCAUCUAGUUUUUGGAAAAACCUUGUGGAUAAGUGGCUGUUUCAUCAGGAAGCAGCCUUUGUGGCUUAGUUAUAAAAGGCUUUAGUAGCUCAAAAAUACUCUUCGUUUCACAUGUCUACUCUAGAUGGCAACAUUGGACAGAAAAUACAAUGACAUAACCAAUUUGCAAUGAUUUCGGAACUGUGUUUCAAAUGGACUGUUACAGACUGAAAGGUGUGAACAGCUUUGUAUGUUUAUGAAGGUUAAGGGAAUUUAAUACUUUUCCACAGAUUCUUUUGUAAGGGGAAGAGGGAAAUGUACACUUUUUACAGCAGCAAUAUUUUGUAUAUUAUGUUUAUUUCAUGUGGUGAAUAUGCAAGGCGGUACACUACGCACUGGACAGAAUCAGAAAUCCUCUGUUAGUGGGGAUUGGAGCAUGGUGGAUGCCUGAUUGUGUUGGUCUCAGAAUGGUGUUCUGUGAGGCUGAAGGUGAGGGAGAAGACCAAAGCACACCAUAGGUCCACUGUUAUAUUCUUCAGAGGAAAUUCAGAUCCCUUUUACCUGUGAGAUAAUCAAGGGCACUGUGAUACAGUUUUAAGUAAAAAGACAUUUUUAAAAAGCUUUCCAGUUUUGUGGAUUAAAACCUUUUUAUAAAAGAUCAUUUAUAAUACAGUUUUAAAAUGUGAGGCAAUAAGAAUUACUUCAUGUUGGAUCUGAAGAAUCUUGGUAACAGUUUCAUGUAAAUGAAAUGGAAAUCCUCUCCUAAAAUAGCAAUAACUGAAUGAAAGUGUUAAUUUUACCGUGUUUGAGUAAUCAGGGAACUUAGUAAGUAAUAUCAAAACAUUUUAUAAAUGAUGUCAAAGAAGAGUCAACAUUGAUUCAGUAAUUUUAUUUUUUAACAUUAGAAGGAUAAUUGGUUUAUACAAUAAGAAUAGUUCAGGAGACUUUACAAACCUUUAUUUCAAGUUUCUUGACUGGAAGUAAUGCCAUUUAUAAAGGAAGGAACACUUAAGUUUUUCCCCUAUUUAUGUUGGUUAAUAUGACACAGAUAUUUCGGAAAAUGCUUAUUGAUGGGGUUUAUUCUGAUCUGUAUUAAAAACAUAGAGGUUGCAUUUCAGAUCACUUUGUAUAUUAGCAUGACAUAUUUAAUCACAUUUGAGACUGUCCUGUGCCUGAUUGUUCUAGCUAAUUUCCAGUGUAUUGCAUUGGGCAGGAAAUCAUGCAUUGAGAAGUUUAUAACCACAAUUAUUUAAGCAUAAUCUGAAAACAUCUAGCCCAAAGGUAAGUUGCUAUUUUCAUCACAGUCGCCUAUGCCCAGGGAAUAAGGUAUCUUCUUUAUAAUUGAAUUGUUUUUUCCCCACUUCUAACUGGAAACAAAACAGAAGGGGUGCCACAAAUUUGAAUAAGCAAAAUGUACUGUCCUCAACAUUUUAAUGUGUCUCUGUGUGUGUGUAUGAAAGAAUGUGUGUGUUUUAAGGUCAGAAUAGGGUUUUUUUUCAACCUGGUCGGUAGAAAAUGGACAUGGAGUUUGAACAGAUAAAGCAUGGAAGGCCUUAUUGUGAUUGAAAUGCUUUUAGGUUCUGUGCCAAUUUUCCACCACUGUGUACUUUGUUGCUAUUUAAAACUGUAUCAACUCUAACGGAAGAAUAAAUUAUUUGUGAUUUUAA